AUGUCUCAGGAACAGUUCCACUCGUUGAUAGAGAACAUCCGUGGACUGACAGAACAGAGACAAGUGGAAGCCGAGAGACAGGGACUCCGCUGGGCGGAAGAAAGGGAGAGACAUUCUCUUCAAGACUUGUCCGAUUUGUUUCAUCCUUGCGAUGGGACAGUCCCCUCAGAAACACGCGAGUGGAUUGAUCAAAUGGAGCGAGCGAUCGCCCGGGGCCAGGGCAAUAUUACCAAUUGUGCGACCAGGUUGGCCCUGAAAACCAGUAGAGGUGCCCUAGCGGCGGAGGUUGAUUAUUGCCUCCGUCGACAAAAUGAUUAUUAUGGCACCGCCUGGGUGACUCUCCGUGACCACAUCCGCCGCUCGUUCCUGUCCCCUGACGAGGCAGCCUGUCUCCGGACAGAAAUAGAACAAAUACGGCAAACGCCGUAUGAAAACUGCGCCGCCUACAGCAGGCGUUUUAGGAACAUCGCCCGGAAAGCAUACCCCGAGCCUCGAUCUGUCGACGCCGAGCGACAAUUGAUAAUUUCCUAUGCGCGUGGCCUCAGUGAUCGACGACUCACACGCAGGCUUGUGGCCGACGCACGACCCGCUACCCUGAACGAGGCUCUCACGUUUGUAGACAACGCGGAGGUCGGCGCGCAAUUGUUUGAGAAUGUCGUAGGACUAGAACCCCGCCAUGAGGAGCCAAUGGAAGUGGCUUUGAACUCCACCGACAACCCCAUGGAGCGCCUCGAGUCAAAGAUUAAAAAGUUGACUAAAGAGGUAUCCAACCUAAAGCUAGAGAAAAUGAGUGCCUCUCAACGCCGCCCGCAACAACCACGCCAAUGGGAAACAGUGCGACGUGAGAAUAAAAGCAAAGGAUGGGCUGACGAUGGAACUCCCUUAUGCUUUCACUGCGGUAAAGCAGGCCAUAAGAAGAGGGAAUGUUACCAGCUGAAAGGUCAGCAAAAGCGAGAGAAGGACACAAAAAACUAG